CCGGAAAGUUAUAAACCCGGUAAGAGUAGAGUAGAAGAAAAGUUUCAAACUGAGUUGCGUUCAGAUCAUAUACACCAAACUCGAAAGUGGACUGACUACGACCAACCGAGUCGACUCAACCGGCACCUCCACUACCUCCAACAGAGAAAGGUACUCUUCUCUUCUCUCUUAGGAUUUUUAAAUUGAUUUGAAAAAUAUUAGGGAAAAAAAAAGAAAACAAAGAAAAAGAAAAGCGAGAAAAGAUGAGCGAUCCUUCGGUGAGUGAAUCGAAGAGUGGUUCCGAUGCGUCACGGAUUUCGGAAGUUCAGAAAUGGCUGGCCGCCCGAUUCGGCGAUGCCGGCAAAGAGGUCCCCGAUUUCGAGUACACCCCGAGAAGCGUCGCGUAUUUGCACAAUGUCCUCACCAUCUCCGAAGCCAAGGAAAAAUCGGCCGACAUUCUCGCCAAGGAUUUCCGCCGAAAAGCCGCCGAGUACCGCUCCCAAGCUGCAAGGAUUAGGGAAAUAUUGGAGAGUGUGGGGCUGGCACAGGACAGUUUGCCGUCAAAUGUGGUUGGGUCGGCGCAGGUUCUUGCGAAUGUGGCAAAUUUAUUGAACAUAAGAGACACGGAACUAAGUAGCUUUCUUGUAGCCAUGGGGGAUAUUUCCUUAAGGAAGACUGGUGUGGAGGAGAAGAGGGCUAAAGUGCAAAAGGAGUCCAAGAUUCUUCUUGAUUAUACCCGAAAGGCAAUAGCCAGACUAACCUAUCUGAAAAGAACCCUUGCACAGCUAGAAGAUGAUGUACCUCCAUGUGAGGCUCAAAUGGAAAAUUGGAAGACAAACUUGCAAGUUAUGGCUGCGAAGGAGCGGCAAUACUUGCAACAAUGUGCCAAUUACAAGGCAGUACUCAAUCGAGUGGGCUACAGCCCAGAAAUUAGCCAUGGGAUGUUGGUUGAAAUGGCUGAGCACAGGAAGGAUUUAGAGAAGAAAACAAAGCCCAUACUUGAUACCUUGAGGAGCUACCAAGAUUUGCCACCGGAUAAAGCUUUGGCUGCUCUGGCAAUCGAGGACAAAAAAAGGCAGUAUGCUGCUGCAGAGAAGUAUCUUGAAGAUGUACUGCAUUCAGCUCUUGCCACUUCGGAGUGAUUCACCUUGGGAUAGCUUAAAUUUUCAUGUAGUUGUUGCUUUGUUUCUGGACAAUGGUUGACUACAUAUUGUUGAUAUGAAGAUUUCUGCCGAGGAUGUUGCCUUAUUGGAUUUACCUGCUUGUCUUUGGUCCCUAACAAUGAAAUAUUCCUUAUUAUAGAAGUAGUGAAAGAGUAAAAACUCAUGGAGACAAAUUGUCGAUAUUUUAGUGAAAUUUUGGAACCA